AUGAACGACCACAGCACAGAUGAGAAGACCUCGUCAAAAUCUUCAGAAAUCGCAACUCUGGCUAACGCGAAGCUUCGUCAAGACCCGCCCUCGUCCCAGACUCCCUCUCAGCAUCCCUCACAAUCAAGAGCAGCAACCAGAGCGACUCCAACAUCUCCCGACUCCCCAAAACCACCACCAACAAGCCUGCUUCGCGGAGAAGCUGAGAUCUUCCAACCCGCAUCUCUCAUCAUCUCCGCCGCAGAAAAAGAAUCUCGGUCCUUCUCGCCUCGAUACUCAUGGCAGAGCGAGUCCCUAGCAAACCCGGGAAACAAGCCCGACUCCUCCUCCCCCUUCCAAAAUGAUAGGCCCUACUACGCCCCGCGACUCCUCGGCCAUCCUCACAACGUCGACACUGAGAUGUCGGAGACGGAACCGUUUUGGCAUCAAUAUCCGACCUGGAUCCCUGCCACUACCACCCCCACCAUCCCCACCACCACCGCCACCACCCACACGGGUGAGAAAGUCUUUUUCCAGAGAAAGGAGAAGACGACGACGAUGAGAUAUCCAUUUCCUCUCUCUUUCCCCUCCCCUUCUGCUGAAAACAGUCUUGUUGCGAAGGAAAAAAGUGGUAAUAACCAUCCUGCAGGCUCGAAGACAGAGACAGAAACGACGAAGAAGAAGAAGCCAGAGACAGAGACGAUGAAGAAGAAGAAGAAGAGACGACAACUUCGGCGUAAGGAGAAGCAGAAUCAACAGAAGCUGAAUCAGCACAGCAGGAUCAGCAGUAGCAGCAGUAGCAGCGUCGUGGUGAUAACUGGCGACUAG